AUGGCGAGCGCGGCGGCGCUGCCGCUGCCCCCGGCGGCGCGGGCGCCCCCUGGCGGCGGCGGCGGCGGCGCGGCGGCGCCGGGGGGCGGCGCCGAGGGCGGCGGCGCCGAGGGCGGCGAGGGGCUGUUCGUGGCGCUGGGCGCGGGGCUCGCCGCCCUCAGCCACCCGCUGCUCUACGUCAAGCUGCUCGUCCAGGUUGGGCACGAGCCACUACCUCCAACUGUUGGAAGAAAUGUGCUGGGAAGAAAAGUACUGUACCUGCCUGGCUUCUUCACUUAUGCCAGACACAUCGUGGAAGUAGAUGGGAAAAAAGGCCUCUUCCGCGGUCUUACUCCUCGGCUCAUCUCAAGCACUUUAUCCACUAUCACCAGGGGGAGCGUGAAGAAGGCUUUUCCACUGGAGGACAUGGAGCAUGUUUCUAACAAGGAUGAUGUGAAGACUUCCCUUAGGAAAGUGGUGAAAGAGACAUCUCAUGAGAUGAUGAUGCAGUGCGCGUCCCGGGUUGUCUCACAUCCCCUGCAUGUGAUCUCUAUGCGCUGCAUGGUCCAGUUCGUAGGCCGGGAAGUCAAAUACAGCGGUGUGUUCAGCGCCAUUGGCAGGAUAUUUAAGGAAGAAGGGAUCCUGGGAUUCUUCGUUGGUUUAGUCCCUCACAUCCUGGGGGAUGUCAUCUUCCUCUGGUGCUGCAACCUCUUGGCUCACUUCAUCAACACAUACGCAGUGGACGAUAAUUUCAGCCAGGCAGCAGUGAUCCGGAGCUACACAAAGUUCGUCAUGGGGAUCGCUGUGAGUAUGCUGACAUACCCCUUCCUUCUCGUGGGAGAUCUCAUGGCAGUUAACAACUGCGGGUUGCGUGCUGGCCUCCCUCCCUAUGCUCCUGCCUUUACAUCUUGGAUCCACUGCUGGAGGUACCUCAGGGCUCAGGGCCAGUUGUUCCGCGGCUCCAGCCUGCUCUUCCGCAGAGCGCCCGCGCAAGCGACCUGCUUCCCCAUCGAUUAACUCCCCUGGCUUGUGGGGAGAGAUGAUCAACUUGGACUCCACAAGAAACCCUAAGCUUGUUUUGAUAUAUACAUUUUUUUUCUUUUCAAUCCCAAGUCCACAGUGCCAGAACAAGCCACCUCCUCUCCAGCAAGGCCAGUGAUAAACUGGCCUGCAGAGAGCUGGCUUCAGACUGCAGCUGGGCCAAAGCCCCGUCUUCACAGCUAACUCAACUGUGGUGUGUAGCAGAGAAAGCAGAAGGGAGUUGGCUGUUUGGUCCAGGCUGUUGAUCUGGAGUAACUGGAGCAGCCUGUUUUAAAGUGGAAUAUGCCCAGGUACUAAACAAACCAGCCCCGAGACAUUUGCUGAGACCCAGUGCAGGGACAAAAGACUGCUUUGCUCUGCUGUAGCUGAGAAGAGACAAAGAUCCAAGGCUGCUGUGCUGGGAAAGCCAUGCUAACACGUCUGCCAUCUCAUCCCUUCUGGGCAAGUGUUCGUGUGACUGGUAGCUCCUCCUGGACAAGAUCAACCCCAGGAUCAAAUCUAAAGGUUUUGUGAGUACCUGAGCACUAAGGAACCCACCACCUCCUGUGGGCAUGAAAGGGAAAUAAUACUGAAACAGAUAAGGGAAACAGCAUCCUAAAGAGGCAGAUAAAAUUUGUGUCCACGAUGGUGUUGGGACAUGAACUAAAAUGAAGGCAGCACUCAGGGAGGAUGUGCCCUGUGCCAGUAACUGCCUUUUGCAGUGGUCUGGUUCAGUGGGAUCAGCUGUAGUUAAGAUAUAACCAUUGAUGCUCAGUCCUGCCGAGUAUAACCCAGACAAGCAGGGUGUAAAUAUGCCUAAGAGUGAGGCAGGUCUGAACAUCACCACUUCACCUGAUGGACAAGGAGCUGUGCAAUACUGUGCUGGGCUGCUGCAUGAUAUUUUGCUGCUGACAGGCAGGAAACAAGAGGGCUCACCUUGCAAUAUGGACAUUAGGUCUGUUACUGUCUGGAAUAAAGGAAUAGACCUUUAGCUGGCCAGAGACUAGAGACAUCAGAGUCAGGGGCUCUUCACACAUGCAAGGACUUGGAAAUGCUCAGAUGCAGUUGGGCCUUUGCAUAGCAGAGCCUGCCUGCAACAGCAGGGCAGGAUUUAUCUUCAACUCCCCAGACAGCAUUUUUUGCACCAGCCUGUGCUAUUACUAUAGCCAGGCAGACUUCUGCCAUUUCAGUUCCCCUCUUACUGCACAAAGCAGUCUUUUGCAUCCAGUUCAGCAGGUUGCUGUACUUCUGUCCUGGGACCUGGAAGGAGCUUUUGGGGGCCAACAGCAGGUUCCCAUGUGCUGCUAACAUACACUGAUGCCCUGACUGGCAGCCCCAGGGUAUUUACUGGGUAUUUCUCCUGUGUACUGAGUGACUUCAGUUCUCGAUACCUGCAGGGAUUUGAGAGGUAGCUGGAGUCGCAUCCCACAUGUGUCCUUUGGGUACUCAGCCUGCUGCCGUUGCGCAGAGGCUUUACUCCAACAGAUGGGCUUGAUCUGCACCUCUAGGCCAGGGCCUGUGGGACACAGUGACAGGGUUUGUGUGCUGGGACCAGCAGUCCUGAGCCCAGCUCCCUUCAGUGUCAUGUGGUCAGUCCAGUCCUUCCUUUCCCCCUCAGCCUUCCUCCAGUACAGCUGAUGUUACAGUCACACAAGUAAAAUAAUGCAUGAUCCUAUUCCGUAACAUAAGAGAUUAUUUCAAAGAGGAUUUAACUAUGCUCUGAAAUACAGCUAUAAAAAACUUC